AUGGGCUCCAACUCGAACAUGAUCCCUGCGACGCAGGAGGACAAGGACGCGUUCCAGCAGGGAAUGCUCAGCAACUACUCGAAGGGCAUGAUCAAGGACAUCGAGCCGUACGCGUACGACCCGAUUCCUGCUGUCAACGCGAAGGGCGGGCGAAAUGUUGAUGGAUGGCGAUCAGUUUUUGUCGCGACGGUCCAGAAAGACUGGACGAACGGUCUCGGAAACCUGCACGGCGCCGCCGCCGCCUGGAUCGUCGAUGUUAUCUCUUCCGUUGCCAUUGCACCUCUCGCUACCGACACGUGGUGGGGCCCGCCCAUGCUGACUGGCGUAUCGCUCGCGAUCGACAUGCUGUACUUCAAUGCGGCUCCUGUGUAA